AUGGUGCAGGCGUCUGCAUCUUCGUCCAGAACCGGAAGCCAGGCCGGUGCACCAGCAGCACUCAACAGGACGGUGUCUGUGGAUCAGUUCCCUGACUGGGAGGUGGACGUCUCCUGCCCCACCUGCGUGCCCAGGUUGUGCAGCCUCACUGUGAAGAAGCUGGUGGUCUGCGGGGACCUUGGGCAUGAGCUGCAAUCGGCAGUUAUAGCCAUCAGGAUGCAGGGAUCCAAGCACCUCCUCAGGUCCCACAAGAUCAUGCUGCCCCCAAGUGGACACAGGGAGAAUGACCUGACGUUGACCUUCUCCCUGCGAUAUCCCCACAUCCUAAAGGGAGAAGGCAACAAGCUGGAGAUCAUAUUGCAGCGCAGAAAGCGCUCAAAGGUGCGGACCCUCUUGAACUGCAAAAUGGAUGCGUACAAAACACUGGCCACAGGUACCAUCAACAUGGCCGAGGUGAUGCAGCAACCCCUCGAGGGAGGCCAGGUGUUGAGCCUCUGCAGCAGCCUGAAGGAUGCCAACCCCAAGGUGGCCGAGAUCUGGAUCUUCUCCCUGACCAGCCAGCCCAUCGAGCAUGAGGACUGUGCCAUGCAGGCUGGCCCCAUCGCCAAGGCCACAGAUAAGUACGAGGAGGAGAAGGAGAGCUUCCACUCUGGGCAGGAGGACAGGAAAAACACUUCAUAUGGGCAAGACCUGGAAAAGGAUGACAUGGACUCGGGGAAACCCAACAAGCAGUGGCAGUCAUCAGUAGAGACUACAUCUAUGAUGAAACAUCAAAGCUUCUGGCCAAAAGAUGUGAGGCUGCUGCCCAAGCUCACAGUGUCACAGGGGGUCCUGGAUUCUGAGCAGGACACUGGGGAGCAUGGCCCCAGGAUGGAGGAAGACCUGAACCUGAUCAACAUCACCCUGGAGUAUUCCAGCGAUAGUGGCCCCGAAACGGAGGAUGAUGAUGGCACCUUGAGCACCCCCAAGUCCCAGGUCCAGAAAUACAUAGAAAGCCUGUCACAAACCAGCCUGCACACAGAGUCCGGGAGCUUCCAAAGUGCCUGGAGCCUGAAGGAGCCUCCGAGUCCAGCCAGUGUGCCAGCAAAGAUGUGGUCCUCGGGGGGCCAGCAGCCGAGCGACAGCAUCUCACAGCCAGCCCACAGCACGCCCUCCCCUGAGGAGCAGCCUGCACAGCCGGAGGACAGCCCGGAGGCCGAGACCUCCAUGGAGGAUGAGUUCACAAAGCGCAGCAUGCUGGCCAGCAGGCUUCUCAGAAAACCAGAGUCUCUCAUCAGUACCUCCACGAAGCCCGAGUGGAAGCAGCCCAACCACAAAGGCCAGAGCAUGUCCCUCAUGGGGGAGCAGCAGGCGGGGCCGCAGGAGGAGCUGUCCCAGAGCCAGCACAACAAGACCUGCCCAGACCCACAGAGCCAGCUGCAGGUCCCCAGGGAAAGUGUUCUUGAGCAGCUUAAGGCCAUUCUCUACCCCUACGACCAGCUGCCUGACCAUGUCAUCGUCAUCAACACCUCCGACUGGCAGGGGCAGUUCCUGUGGGACAUCCUGCAGCAGCAAAAUCUGCCUGUGGUGGGCACCUGCUCCGAGGCUGACCUCCAGGCGGCCUUCAGUGCCACCGUGUCGCAGAUGGAGAGAUACAGCCAACACCAUGCCCGGCCUCGAAUACCCAUGAAGAUCGCGGUGGUGGGGGCACAGCACUACCUGAGCGCCGUGCUGCGGCUCUGCGUGGAGCAGCUGUCCCCCAAGAUGCCCAAGCUGCAGGCCUACAUGUGCUUCCAGGUCCUCCCACUGGGGUCCCACCCCGUGCCCCGAUACCUGUGCUCCGUGGAUUACCACGACAACAACUUCUUCCCGGACCGGGCCUGGCGGGACCUGUUCACCAAGCUGGAGGCCCAGAGCACUGAGUUGACCAAGCAGGACAUCGCAUUCACAGUCACCCGCUACCUCGUGGGGGCCAGCUGUGUCCACCAGCUGCCCAUCGCUCAAGCCAAGCUCACCUGCAAGCCAAAGAGCCCCGAUGAGCAGUCCUCACAGAGGUUCACUCCCUUCCUGGGGCUGGUGAAGGUGGAAACAGUGGAACCGUCCUUGGCCACCUCAGGAGACUCAGGUGAUGCGGCCCCCUCGUGCUCCAGUGUGCUUUCGUCCACCCUGCCGUCCACAUCUCCAGCCGCCAAGGAGGCCUCUCACAGCCCGUCCGCCUCCCCGUCCGUGAGUGGGAAUUCCUCCCCCAGCCAGGGCGUCUGCACCGAGCCGAUGGAGCUGCAGGUGGAUUACUGGACGGCAGCUCGGCCCACAGACAAGGAGAGAGAUGCGGAGGACAGAGACCAGCGUACCGCCACCAACAUGCUCAAGGGCACCUUCCAGUCUCUCCAGGUCAGCAGGCUGCCCAGCAGGGGUGAGGCCAGAGCCACGCCCAGCUUGUCCAUGACUGUCAUCACCAAGGACCAGGACACUGAGGAGGAGGAUGUGGAGGCCCAAAGCCACUGCAUCGAGGGCAUCAGCCGCCUGGUCUACACGGCCCAGCACCAGCAGAACGUGCAGCGCGUCCGUAUCGACGGCGUGGAGUGGAAGGACGUGCAGUCCCUCCAGCUGGACGCCCCGUGGUCCUCCCACGUCCAGCACUUCCCCGUCUGCCUCUUCUGAAACCCCAAGUCCACCUUCUCGCCCUGCAGUGGCCGAGCCCAGGAGGGCCCAGCUGCUCUUCUCUUAACAAUUUAG